AUGAGCGCUAAAAUAUUCUCCGUCGAGGAAGUUGCAAAGCACAACAAGGAGGGUGACCUAUGGAUCAUCAUCGACUCGAGGGUCUAUGACCUCUCCAAGUUUGCCGGGAUGCACCCUGGUGGCCUAUCGGUGCUCAUUGACGAGGAAAUUGCCGGCCAGGACGCAACAGAGGCGUUCUUCAGCCUUCACCGCUACGAAGUGCUCGAGAGACCUCAGUAUAAACGUCUGAUCAUUGGAACCAUUACCGGCCAGCAGCAACAAAUCAUUCCACGCCCUGUUGGCGGCUUGAGCAAGGUGCCCUACUCAGAACCCGCAUGGCUUACACCUGGAUACUACAGCCCCUACUACGAGGAGCACCAUCGUAAAUUCCAGGCUGCCUACCGUAAGUUCGUGGAAGAGGUCAUCCUGCCUGACGCCCAGGCUCGUGAAGAAGAUGGAAAAAGGCCGUCUCAGAAGGUAUUCGACGAGAUGGCCAGGCUGAAUAUUAUCGCAAUGCGCCUUGGACCCGGGCCUCACUUGAAGGGUCUUGAGCUUAUGGGUGGAAUUAUUAAACCGGAGGAGUUCGACUACUUCCACGAACUCAUCAUGGGUCAAGAAACCGCGAAGAUCAACGCCCGUGGUUACAACGACGGCUUGGGAGGAGGGACCUACAUUGGUCUUCCCCCUAUCAUGAACUUCGGUAAACCAGCUCUGCGCAACAAGAUCGUGCCCGAGGUCUUUGCCGGCAAGAAACUCUGCGCAUUGGCCAUCACAGAAGCGUUCGCUGGAAGUGAUGUUGCCGGACUGAAGUGCCAUGCUAAGAAGGUCGAAGGCGGCUGGAGGGUCACUGGAACAAAGAAAUGGAUCACCAACGGAACUUUUGCCGAUUACUUUACUGUCGGUUGCCGUACUGACCAAGGCGGACUGAGUGUGCUGCUCAUCGAGCGUGGUCCCGGCGUUGAGACCAAGCAGAUCAAAACCCCUUACUCAACGACAGCGGGAACUGCCUAUAUCACGUUCGAUGACGUGUUUGUACCCGAAGAUAACCUACUCGGUGAGGAGAACAAUGGGCUCCAAGUCAUCCUUAGCAACUUCAACCACGAACGAUGGGGAAUGACAACGGCGAGCGUUGGCGCCCAACGAUUGGUUGUCGAGGAAUGCUUGAAAUGGGUCAACCAAAGAAAAGUCUUCGGCAAGCCGCUCCACUCGCAAGCCGUUAUCCGUUCAAAACUCGCAGCCAUGAUUUCUCGUGUUGAGAGCGCGCAGAACUGGCUCGAGAACAUCACAUAUCAGAUGAAUCACAUGAAGUACAAGGACCAGGCUAACUACCUCGCUGGGCCCAUUGCACUCUGUAAGAAGUAUGCAACGGAGACCGCACAAGAGACCGCUCGUGACGCUGUUCAAAUCUUCGGAGGUCGUGGUAUUACGAAGACUGGCAUGGGUCGCUUCAUUGAACAUUAUCACCGCACCGUCCCCUUUGACGCCGUAUUGGGUGGUGCUGAGGACGUGCUUGGGGACCUUGGUGUUCGGCAGGCUCUCCGCAAGAUGCCCAAGGAUGCCCGGCUAUAG